UAUUUUGGCAAUCCCACAAUGCACUUGUAGCUGAGAGAGGCCAUAUUAUCAAAUAUUAUUCAGUGUGUUACUGGCAUGAGAGAAGUGCAGAAGCAUUGAGAUUAAAAAAAAAAAUUGCAGUAGAGGAUAGCAGCCAUGUUAAAUCUUAUGAAUGGAGGUCAGUUUUCUAGUGACGAGUACUUAGUGGUUACGGACCCCGAGGGCAUGACAAUGUCCCAGCAGCAGUAUCGAGAACCGCCCCCAUACCCAGGCCACUCUAAACAGCUACAAAAUACACCAGGUUUAAGACAGAGUUUUUCGGGAAGUGAGACAAGCACAGACGUCUCUGUGUCCUCCACAGAAAAUUUAUCCACAUGCAUGAGACAAGAACCCCAGGGAGAAGAAAAUCAGUCUACCACUGGUUACCCCUCCCAUUUAGACUACUCCAGCAGUGAUGCUGGUUAUAGUAUUCUUGCUCGUUUGGGCAUGCCCACCACAGCUUUAGAAAUGAAAACAUCAACUGUUUCACAGCCAUAUUACCAAAUGGCAGGACACUGUGUGCCACAUCCAACAGACAAUUAUGGAUAUUUAAACAAUCCGUGUUGUGGGUCUUCUUUUUCAUGGCAUCCACACCAAGUUUCAAAUUCUUGUGUUUCCAUGACAAAAACAACGGAUCAAUUAACCUCCACAAAUGGACAACAGUGGGCUGUAGACCAGCUACAGUCCCCAUAUUUCACUCAACUCCCCCCUCCCCCAGAAUAUCCAGGUUUCAGUGUAGAUAAAAAUGAACACUUACGACGGUCCUACGAGACCGUGGAUCGCAGUGACCCUGCCGAUAUGUCUGUCUGUAAGUCCCAGCCUGACUUGACUCGCUACUGGGAGGCCCACAGCAAAAUGAUGGAACAGGAGCAUUUACAGCGGGAGGAUCAAAGUACACCUACAUCUUCCAUCCGAUAUGAAGAAAUGGACCCCCUGACCGCUCGUGCCAAUAAAAUGAUUGACAUGUUAACAGAAGAAAACAGAAAACUUAGAGAUGAACUAAAUGUUUAUUACAAAAAAGUCUCUAGACUUCAAAAGUUUGAAUUUGAAAUUCAGAAAGUGCAUGAGGCAUACGAAUCUCUGGUGAAAUCUUCACAAAAGCGGGAGAAGUUGGAAGCCAUUAUGAAAAAGAAACUGAAGGAAGAGCUGACAAAGCUUCAGGCCACAAAUAAACAGCUACAAGAACAAGUUGACCGGUCAGCUGCGGAAUGCGUAGAUGAUGGGGAGCAGGUCUCGGAUUCAGAGAGAAGUCGCAAGUUUGCUGCUCUCGUGGCACAGAACAAAGAGUUACUGUCCACUAAGGAGAGACUGGAAUUGGACGUGGCUUCGCUGCGGACAUCUCUACAGGAACAACAGUCUAAGAUGGACAUACUGGACAAUGCACUGACCAAUGCUCAAGGCAACGUAGUCAGGCUGGAAGACGAGUGUUGUAAGAAGCAGGUUCAGAUAGAGAGACUAGAGAAGCUCCAGAAAUCCUUCUCCUGUUUAAAGGCUGCAUGUGAAAAACGUGAACAAUUCGAAAAACAAAUGCGGACUCAAUUAGAAAAGGAGGUGGCAAAUCUGAAAUCCAAACAAAGAGAUGGUGGUUCCGUGUCUAAAUCAGACAGCACCACAUCUCAGGCGGAGGUCACAAAUCUUCAUUCUUUACAGACUCUUCUUAACGAGAAGGAAUCUAAGAUUCUGAAAUUGGAAACAGAAGUGAUUAAGUGGCAGCAGAAGUACCUAGAGGAGAGUGCCUUAAGACAAUUCUCCAUUCAAAAUGGACUCUCUGUCGAUUUAUUAGACUCUGAAAAUUUAACAGAUGAGAAAAUCGAGAAGUUGACACAAUUGGAGGAGGUGAUUAAUGCCAGGCAACAAGUAGAGGAACUGGAGGCAAAGGUCAAAAGUUUACAGACAGAGCUGGCAGAGAAGGACGCCAUGAUUCGUGUGUUUCAGAGAUCUGGUCCAAUGACACGCAGCAGUAGUGUACAUACCCUGUCUGCGGCCUCCUCCUCCCUUCUGUCCCCCCGUCCUUACCACCACACCACGUGUUCACUGACCAGAAAAGGAACCCUCCCCACCAUCCGCCAUGUCAAAACAGGUAGCUCAAGCACUUUAGAAACUAGUCGAGCCUUCUCUCUAGACGAAGAUUUGGCAUCCAACAUCCAGCAUUUAACAACUGAGAGUAAAGAUUCUAAUACAUCAUCAGAAGAUGACUCAGAGAAAAUAUGGCAAGUUUAAUUACCUCCCUCCACAUAAAAUGUCUGUAAUAGACGAGUGAAAUUACCUCCCUCCACAAGAUCUGAUUUACAAGCUAUGCAGAAAAAAAAAGACAAGAAACCUUAUACAAUGGACUCUAGUGGGAUUGAAAUCUGUGUUACAGGAGGGUGGGAUGGAAUUUAGUGGGAGACAUUCAAAUUUUAUACAUAUAGUCAAAAUGUUAAAUUACUCUCAUUAGCUAUUUCAAACAAAUCGAUUGUUAUUUCACUGUUUUGAACUUUUGCUGUUUUUUGCACAUUUUCGAUUUUUGAUGAUGCAAGGAAGGCAAAGUUUUUUUAAGCAGCAUUUUUGUAUUGAUCUUGAACUUGCAUUUUUUAAUGCAGGAACACUUAAGAUCUGAAUGUGUUAAAGCUUUUAAUACAGUGUAUUAAUCUGAGUCACCCAAAUGUUUUAAUUUUGGUGAGAGUAUUAUAUCUUUUUUUGUUUUCCUUUUCACAUCAAUUUGCAUUUUUUCACUCUGCAUCUUGUUCUCAUGAAAAAUGUCAGCAUUUGAGAUUGAAUAUUACUUGUAUGAGGUAUAAAAUAAGUGCAAUAUAGCUCAUCAUGUGUAACAUAGGUGCUUACCCAUAGUUGUGAGUUUUCAUCAUUUAGCCAAUAUUGUUUCAUGUUGUGAAAAUAUCAUGUAUCAAAAUGUUGUCAGAUUGAAAUUUUCAUUAUUAUUGCAAAAUAUGUCAUUGUAAAAAAACCAUUCUUCUAAUUACAUGAAUAUGAAAAUAUGUCUAUGUCACUGCCCUCUGAAGAAAUCAGAUACAGACAUUGAUAAUUUCAUAGAGAUGCCUUUGUAAACUUAUCUCCGAUUUUUGCUUGGAGAGUAUUUAUAUGACUGUUUACUAACAUCCAUGACGAUGUUUGAGCCUGUUGAAUGGUACGUACCAAUAUAAAGAUUCCAGUGUUUUUGUAUUGAUGACAUUUUAUUGUGUGAGAAUGUAUACAGUUAAUUUAUUGGGAAUGUGAGCCUAUCUGUUUUAUAUAUUUUUUAUGUGUAAGUAUUUUUUCCAUCAAUGUGCCAAGGUAAAUCAGCUACUCUGUGAUUCUGAACACUGUGUAAAAUGUGUGGAUCAUUUGAUGAUAAAGACGAUGAUCAUGACGAUGAUUAUAAUGAUAAUGAUGUAAUAAAAAUAUGAAAUCAC